AUUGUCAAGUUUUAAUUUAUAAAGAGGAUGAUGACCAAUCACCAAUAUGGGAGUUACAAUUAAAAAAAAAGCCUUCCAAUAUUUAUUUUAUAAAUUUACCAUUAAUAUUUGAUCCAGUUAUAAAUAAAUCACAACAAGAAGAAAAGGAAGAGGAAGAAAAUAAUAAACUAAAUUGGUCACAGGGUUGUUUGGUUGUUAAUUAUCAAAAAGAAGAUGAAUUGGUUCAGGUUUAUUCAAUUGCAACAAAAGUGUUAUUAAAUGAAAUUACAAAGGUUCAGGAGAUAUGGAUACAUGAUUUUCUUUCAUAUGGUUUUGAUCAAUUAUUAAUUCGUCAUCAUCCACCAGCACCAAAAGUUAUUACAUUAUCAAUGAUACCACUACAAUAUAUUUUAAAUUUUAAUCGAAUCAACCUCAAAACUAUAAUAGAUCAGCAACAAAAACAGGAUGCUAAUAAUUAUAAAAAAGAAGAGGAGGAAAAAAAAGUAAAGAAAUCAGUACCUUUUAAAAUAAUUAUGGAUUCAUUAGAAAAUAUGUCAACAAUAGCAAAUAGUGAAUAUAAAAUAUUAGAACAACAAUUAAAAUCAAAAGAGUCUUUAUUAAAUUAUUCAUUAAAUGUUUUAGAAUCGAUUGGAGUACCAAAUUCGAUAAUAAAUAUAAACAAUAAUAAAUUAAAUGACUGGAAUUAUAAUUUAGUAUCAAUUUUUAAUAAUAGUAGUAAUAAUAAUGAUAGUAGUUAUAAUAAUAGUAGUAAUAAUAAUGAUAAUAAUAGUUCUGGAAAUAAUGAUUUAAAACCAAAUUUAUUAUCAAAACUUAUAACUAUCAGGGAUGGUAUGCUUUAUUGUCAAUUAGAAUUUAAAAAAUCAAGUAAACCAUAUAGUAUAUUAUCAGUAUUUUUAUCAAGUAAAGAGAUUUCAUUAUUUACCAAAUUACGUAAUACAAUCACAAAUAAUAAUAACUCUUUUGGAAUAUUAGUAUCAAAUUCAACCCCUUCGACAACUAUUUUAUUAGAAACUUCAUUAAAAGAUAUAAAUUUAAAUUUCUACUCGCCAAAUUUAAUAAAUAUUAUCUUGGAAUGGUCAUACAGUAAUAGUGUCGAAAAUAAUGAUUUAUGUUAUAAUAGUAAUAAUAUUUAUUCAUCAUUCCUAGAUUCUUUUUAUUUAAAUGAUUUUCUAAAUAAAAACAGUAAUAAUAGUAAUAAUAAUAGAGCAUUGGACAAUUAUCCCUACUCACUAGAGUUUAAUAUAGUUGGAGAUGAUUUAAUUAAAUUAUUAAAUAACUUUGAAACUAUAUUUCCUAAAAAUCAAUUUAGAAUUCAAAAUUUAGAUUUUUACGAUAUCGAUUUUGGUUUCAAUAAUAAUAAUAGCAAUAAUAAUAUAAUAGUUCAAUCAAUUGAUAAUAGUUGUGGUUUAGUAUUUAUAGAAUUCAAAUUUGAAUUAAAAUCAGAAAAUUUAUUAUCAUUUAAAAUUAAUUCAAUUUGUUUUUUUAAUUUAUUAAAUAAUUUAAAAUUAUUAAUUGAUAAUUUACCAAAUGGAUGCAAUUUAAAUUUAUCAAAUGAAAACGAAUGGAAUAGUAAAUUAAAAAUAGAUAUUUGUGAUCAAAUUAAAAAAGUUUUUGAUAUUAUUAUUCAAAACGAAGAUAACCUUUCAAAUAAUAUCGCUUUUAACAAGAAAGAACAAAAGAAUACUUUUAUAAAGUUUCAUAAUGUUUACCAAAAAGUUUUUCAAUCAUUAAUAGAAACCCAGUCCCUGUUAUAUAAUUUAGAAGUUUUAAAUAAAUUUAAUAAUUGA